AUGGCUCCUAAAACUAGAGUAUUGUAUGCCGAUGAAACGGCAAACAACAAUAUGACCAGUAUCGUCUUCUCCUGUCGCAUCGUUGAUACACGCCCUCGGUUAAAAAUUCAAAUUUCCAAGCCAAUUGGAGGCGUGACAGAUCGUGGAGAAGAUGAUGAUUACGCUAUAGCUACUGCUCAUAUAGCUGAACGAAAAGAUGAUUAUGAUAUUUAUCAACAGAAAAACAUAACCGACCUCUCCAUAGGUAGCAUUAGGACUACUCUCAUACCUAUAGAAGGUAUUCGUUGGGUGGUAACGUGUUGCACCUUUAACUUUCAAUCUGGUAUAAAUCAUACUGAAUGCUGA